CAGAACGGGUUCGGUCUGCACGCAUUGCGCUUGCGGCCGGAGCGCUGGCGGAGGCGCGGUCAAUAGGGGGCCGUGGUAUUCAAUGGCGUAGUUGGACGCUGCGCCUGCGUGCGCUGGCUGGAGUUUUUACAUUGGCAGGACCGAACGAACGAACGAGUGAAUGACCAGCUGCGGUUCCGUUUUUCGGUCGGCCUCCGCUGUUGAAGCAGAGCAUGCGAGCAGAGUACGAUGGGGUGGGGGAAAAAUGACCCUUUCCACCUGCCUUGUAACCAUCGCGGCAACAUGGGCGCGCCACCAAGCCUUAUUAGCUGGUGGACGGCGUUGGCGUCUCACACAGUCACACCACCUAUAUAUCCUCCUCCUCCUCCAUGACUACUCUCUGCUGUGCUGCGCAGGUGCAAGUGCGACCCAACCCAGCCGGGAAAGGAAAGAGGAAAGGGAGGGAGGGAGGGGACCGUUGCAGUUGCAGCCAUUGAUGCGCCAGCAGUAGCGCCAGCAGAGCGGAGCGGAGCGGCACCGGCCUGCAGCUCAGCGCCAGGCUCAAGAGACCGAUAGGGCAAGGGGGUUAAGCAUGGAGCCUGCGGCGGGACGGAGAGCGAGAUGUCUGCUGUUGCCUCUACUUGUGGGGGCUCUCGCCCUCGCAUUGGCCGGCGCUGCGACUGCGACCGCGUGGCCUCACCCUCACGGCGGCGCCGCCGGUCUUGGACAUGGCGCUGGCGCCGCAGCCGCGGGUGCGGGCAGGCCGGGCGGCGCCGAGCGCUGGUACAGGGAUCUCGCGCUCAGGAGGAUGGAGAGCGUCAGAUCCUCCUUCGGGGCCAGAAGAGAUUUGGCGACGAUCCACAGCGGGUCGCUGCGCGCGUCCGACGACUUCCCGACGGACCGGUACCUGAUCGAGCUGUCGGCGGCCAAGAGCGGCCGGAGCUACGACUACGAGUACGCCACGCUGCGGGACCUGAUGCUGGACUGCAGCUACCGCGGCGGCGGCGUGGCGGUGGUGGACUCGCUCCGCGUCGCCGUCGACAACUGCUACGUGGCGCACUUCGCGUCCGACGGCGUCGCGGUGCGCGGCGGCCACGAGACGCUCAUCCGCAACACCUACCUCGGCCAGCACAUGACGGCCGGGGGCGACCCGGGGGAGCGCGGCUUCACGGGCACGGCCAUCCGCCUCGACGGCAACGACAACUCCGUGUCCGACGUCGUCAUCUUCUCCGCGGCCACGGGGAUCAUGGUCACCGCGCCGGCCAACUCCAUCUCCGGCGUGCACUGCUACAACAAGGCCACGGGCUUCGGCGGCACCGGCAUCCACCUCAAGAUCCCGGGCCUCACGCAGGCGUGGAUCAGCAACUGCUACAUGGACUACACCAGCAUCGUCGCCGAGGACCCCGUGCUGCUCCACGUCUCCGGAUCCUUCUUCCUCGGCGACGCCAACGUCGUGCUCAAGGCCGUCAGCGGCGUCGCCAGGGGCGUCCAGGUCGUCGGCAACAUCUUCAGCGGCCGGGACAAGGGCGUCGACAUCGUGCAGCUGGACGGCGCCUUCGCCACCGUGGACCAGGUGUACGUGCAGCAGAACUCCGCCACGGGGAUGACCGUCAGGUCCACCUCCGCGCGCGCAUCGCUCGAGGGCAACGGGACCUCCUGGACGCUCGACUUCUCGCCGGUGCUGCUGUUCCCGGACCGCAUCGGCCACGUGCAGUACUCGCUCGUCGCCGGCGACGAGUUCCCGGGCCACACGCUCCGGAACGUGUCCGGGAACCAGGUCGUGGUCGCCACCGACAAGGCCGUCUCGGCCACGGUCCACGUCUUGGUGGACCAGAACAGCGACUGAGAUAAGAUAAGAGACACUCGAGAGUGCCUGCGUGCACGCAGUAUGCGUGCUGCUGCCUGCUCGCGCGGCUGCUGCGGAGCAAGGCGUUAUUCCUUCGUUUCUUUCUUCUCCAAAAUUUCAGCCAUUCAUGUCGUCGGGAAGAUGACAAUUGUUUGAUGCGACAAAAUGCUCCAGAAUGGAUCAUUCUUUUGCUGUAUGAAAUGAAAUGAUUCAGAAGCUCCAUCAA